AAUGGAAAAGCUGCUUCUAUUGUGUAUAUAUAUAUAUAUAAAUAUAUAUACACCAUAUCAGAAAAGCAUCUGCAGAUGGCGAUAUAUGCUUCACGAUCAGCUGUAAUUCGAGUCGUUACAAAUGAAACACAUCUAUCUAAACAUAUAUAUUGCGAUACCUAUGAUCGCAAAUUCGAUCUAUUAUUAACUCCUAUUGAGUACAAAAUAUUGCCUAUGAUAUUAAUUAAAUUUACAUUAAAAUUAUUUCUAAAAUCUAUAAAUUAGACGUAAAUAUGUAUAUGCAAGUUUUUUAAUCACUUAGAACAGAAAACGGAUAUAUUUCACGUGAUGAACUUCUGUAGAUGCAUCCAAAUUACAAGGAUAUCUUUGAUAAAACGUAUCUGGUAGAUGAAGAAAAACAUAACUGACAAAACCUUUAUUAGAAUCUAUCCAAAUGAUCAAGUAUAUAGAAAAAUAAAAUUUGUCGUGCGACAUAUUUAUUGACGAUAUAAUAUUUGUAAUUUUAUAUCUAGUAAAAAGAUUUUGUUUGCGAUUACAAUGAUAAGGUGAUUAUUUGGAGACAUUUGUUCGGACACUUAACUGUUUGAAAAAUAUUAUGAUUAAUCUUCGUUUAAAGAUGGACUUAGAUCCUGCAGAAAUGGUGAACGAGGUUAAAGAGAAAGUAAUAUUGCACUGGAACUGUCGAGGACUCACAGAGUUACCAGAAAUCAUACGAAAAUAUGGCAGCCACAUACAGGAGAUAUAUUUAAAAUGGAAUAAACUUACCACUUUACCCCCAUGGAUUAUAGAAUUAUUUAAUGUUACUAAUUUAUAUAUCUAUGGUAAUCUUAUUAAAGAACUUCCUAUAGAACUUGGCAAUAUGUCCCAAUUGACUGUAUUAGAUUUGAGUGCAAACAAAUUAAAAGAAAUACCAGGCUCUAUUGGUAAUCUAAUAAAUAUAGAAUCAUUGUUAUUUAAUGAUAAUUACAUAAAAAAAUUACCAAUGGAAAUGAGCCAACUUCAUAAUUUGGAAGUAUUAUCUCUUUCGGGAAAUGAAUUUGUAGCAUUACCAGAGUGGCUUGGUUCAUUACCAAAGCUUAAAGAGUUAAAUGCAGAUAACAAUUAUUUAAAGGAACUGCCUAAUAGAUUGACAUUGGCUCCUAAAGUAUCAGUGAUUUCAGUGUGUUCAAACAGAUUAAAGUAUUUACCAUUAAAUGGUUUCUUAUCAUCUCCUUGCAUAAGAUUUGAUGCAAAUGAAUAUUUAAAUUAUUUAUCUUAUCCUGUCCUCAUCCAAUUGGCAUAUCAAAUUCACACGUCAGUCACUGGUGAUUCAGUGAAUAUCCUAGGCUAUAAAUGUUUCAAAUUGAAAUGCGAAGAUAAUCAAUCAUUGAAUGCAAAUAUUAAAUUAAAUAUAAAACUAGAUGCAUCAUGUAACAAAAGUAUAGUGAUUGAAUUACCAAGGCAAAUUUUAAGGGUUCACAAUGUUAAUGAAAACAAAACUGUCUCUUUGUGGGAACUUGCCCUUAGAAAAGUUUACAGAUUAAAGUAUAAGCAUAUACUUAAUAUUUCUGCAUCUCCUAUAAACGUUAAAAUUGUUUACAAACAACAUACUAAAAGAAAUUUUGAUUUUUUAAUGUCCUCUAUAAACUGUGCUUCAUAUAAUUUAUUGAUAAAUGGACCUGCCACUAUUUGUGUAAAUUCUCAUUGUCAACAACCAAUUUUCACAGAAGCUUGGAUUAUUGUUGGUAUUAUUCAUCAUAUAUAUUCGAUUCCAACUAUUGCUUUAUGUUGUUCUAGAAGCUGUGCUUUUAAAUUUAUGGCUAAUUCAAAUAUGGUGCUAAAUUUUCAUUGGUAUUGCAUAAAUUGAUGAUAUUUCUUUUAUAUAACUAGUCAAUUAUUCAUUCUUGUAUAUACAUUGUUACCAAAAUAAAAAGAGAUUAUGUUCUUAA